AUGCUUCGCAUGAGGAGAUAUAGGGUCUUCCUCGUGUUCGCAGUGAUCGCGGUAUUUGCGAUCUACAAGUUUGGGACAUCAGGAGCGACAUGGCGGGAAGCAGCGUCGAACGCAGCUGGUAAAUUAGGGGAUGCAGCCGAGGACACAAUACAGUACAUUCAAAAGCCCAACGUGGUUGCGAAGGAGACGCGGAAAUUCGAGUUUGAUGUGUCUGCAGCUACGAGGAACACACCCCUCCAGACACCGCCACCGCCUGCUGCGCCCGUCGAUCCUCCUGCUGGCAGGAAGUCGUCUGCGGCGCCAGCCUCGAGUCCCGCCCUCACACCCAAGCUGCCGCAACAGCACCUCCCUACAGUCCCUACGCCGAAGCCUGGUCGGCCUGGCAAUCCCGCCAACGCUGUCUUGCCCGAGUCGAGCAUCGCGCCGGUGUACUGGUCAAAGCUGCCCGAGAACUUCCCUGUCCCGCCGCAGUCGAUGAUCAAGCUGCCAGCUGGCAAACCGAAGCCAAUCAAGCGCAUACAGUUCGACUUCAAGCCGGAGACGCCAGACAUGAAGGCUGCGCGCAUUGCGAAACUCGACACGAUCAGGAAUGUUUUCAAGAAGUCGUGGAACGGGUACAGGGCGCUUGCCUGGGAGCAUGAUGAGCUGAAGCCAGUGUCUGGUGGGUUCAAGGAUCCGUUUGCCGGCUGGCGCGCAACAUUGGUAGACGCGUUGGAUACAUUGUGGAUUAUGGGAUUGAAGGAGGAAUUCGCCGAUGCGGUCAAGGCCGUAGCCACGCUCGAUUUCACGACGACCCCACGCGCCGACAUCCCGCUAUUUGAGACCACCAUUCGAUACCUGGGGGGGCUGCUGGCAGCAUAUGAUGUCAGUGGCAAGCAGUACAAGAUCCUGUUGGAAAAGGCAGUCGAGCUGGCCGAGGUCCUGUACAGCGCGUUUGACACGCCGAACCGCAUGCCGGAGACGUACUAUUACUGGAGAUCGCAGUUUGCGUCGAACCCUCACCGUGCAGGCACCCGCGUUGUGCUGGCUGAGAUUGGCUCGCUUUCGAUGGAGUUCACGAGGCUUGCGCAGCUCACAGGGGACCACAAAUACUAUGAUGCAAUUGCACGCAUUACCGAUCUUCUGGAGGAGUUCCAGGCAAACACAAGGCUUCCGGGCAUGUGGCCGACGUAUCUGGAUGCAUCAGGAUGCAACUAUACGGCCAUCGAUGUGCCUCCGCCCGCUCCAGAGCCUAUGAACAACCCGUCAGAGGACCUUGUUGCCCCCGGAAACCCGAAGUCGACGCCCACGCCCACACCGACGGAACAGCUCUCGCCAGGUGGCAACAAGAUGAUCCCGCUUGACCUGCCCGACCCAAUUAUUCUGACGCCAAACGGAGUCAAUCCGACUUGGGUCCCCCCCAAGGAGGGCUUGGACGACCCAAUGCUCGCUGCACUGGGCAAUCCCGCGAAGAUGUCUGCUCUACCGCCGCUGCAGCGACGACAGCUGGUCGUCGAGAAGAGUACACCACCGAAGAAGGCAACCGAUCUCGAAGCUGAUCUGCUUGCCCUGCAGAAGGGCAACAUGGAUAGAGUCAAGUUUGACACAGCCUCAUUGCCAGUCACACCUGAUUACACAGGUCCCACUUGCCGACCGCAAGGCUUUGACACGAGCUCAAGCUUUGGCCGUGAAGAGUACACACUAGGCGGCAUGUCCGACUCAACAUACGAGUAUCUGCCAAAGCAGUGGCUGCUCCUGGGUGGGCAGGUCGAGAAGUACCGGGCUAUGUUUGAGUGGUCCAUGGACGUUGUGAAGAAGUACUUGAUCUUCCGGCCCAUGGUCCCGAAAGAGAAUGACAUCCUGAACUCAGGAAAGUUCAACGUGCAAUCACUCAAGGGUGAGCCAUUGAUCGGCGAUCUUGAGUCCGAGAAUGCACAUCUGACAUGUUUUGCUGGUGGUAUGUUUGGCAUGGGCGCGAAGAUCUUUGACCGUCCUGAAGACCUGGAUAUCGCAAAGAAGCUCACAGAAGGUUGCAUCUUCGCCUAUGAUAUGACAGCAACGGGUAUCAUGCCGGAAGGUUACGAUACUGUGCCCUGCGAGAGCCGAACAGAGUGUCCCUGGAAUGAGACCUUGUACCACGAGCUCCUUGAUCCACGGUCAGACUGGCGCAUCCAGAAUUACCAGUCGCAGCUUCAACAAUACCAGCUCGACAUCGCCUCUGCCUCGUCUUGGUACAAAAUUGCAAUGGCCGAGUUCACGGCAGCUCCCGAGCCUGCUCUGAUCCCGCCAAUCGUCGCAGCGCAACCCACGCCAACUCCCUCCUAUGUCUUCGCCGAUACCCUCGACAGGCGGCAGAUGAUCGAACUCCUCGACGACGCGACUCAUGUCAACAUCGAAGACGUGCCCGGUGUUCCCGCCAAAGCCCCAAACCCUUCACCGCCAGCUGCCGUCCGCCCCCUCGCCGUUCCCCACACUCCCCACCAGGACCAUGAAUCCGUCAUGGGCGGCGAAUCAGAAGAGGGUGAAGGUCCACCUACAAGAGUUCAACCAGGUCUCAACAUCCCUGAAUUUGCCGGCUUGCCACCAUCGUCUCGCAUCGCGCCCGCGUUCCCGUACGUCUACUCGCCCAUGCCGGUGCUGAACCAUAAGGAGUAUGUCAAGAACCGCAUCGAGGAAGAGCGGCUCCCCGAGGGCGUCGUGAGAAUCGGGGCCAGGAGCUAUAUCCUCCGCCCCGAGGCCAUAGAGUCGGUCUGGUAUAUGUACCGCAUCACGGGCGAUUCGCACUGGCGCGAAGCCGGGUGGCGCAUGUUCGAGGCCGUGAUGCGCGCGACGGCGGCCGAGUUUGGAAACAGCGCCAUCGAUGAUGUUACCAAGGCGGUGCCGGAGCUGGACGAUAGCAUGGAGAGCUUCUGGCUUGCCGAGACGCUGAAGUAUUUCUAUUUGCUGUUUGCCGAGGAGGAUCUGGUCAGUCUGGAUGAGUGGGUGCUUAAUACCGAGGCGCAUCCUUUUAGACGGCCGACCUAG